UUCAUGAGAACUUGCUGCGCGCUCUGUUACUUCCUUUGUUUACUACCGGGCAAGAUGGCGGCGCCCAUACAACCCACAGCACGGAGCACGUAGUUUAUAAAUUAAGCUGUUUUUCGAGCUGUAUUCAGUUUGAAAACCGAUUUAACCACCAACUCAUCUAUCGAACGUUUAUUUUGGUGGAUCGCGUAUAUUGUAUCAGUUCAUUUAUCUUGUUGUACCACGCAUUAUUGGUCUGUGCUGUGAAAUGUUCACGAGCAUUCGUGUGUGAUCUGCUGGUUAGUGUAUAAAUAUUCAUCUGGUCGAUCCGGAGACAAAAGGGAAGAUAUAAGUCCAUUAAUGCCUUUUAGUAGAAAUGAAAUCAGGAAAUUGAAGGCAUGCGGUGUGUGAAGGCACUGCAGCUCACCCUCGCGGUCGUCAAACCAGAUGCUGUGGCCCAUCCGCUCAUUCUGGAGGCUCUUCAUCAGAAGAUUCUCGAAAACUUCAUUAUAAUCAGAAAGAAAGAUCUGAUGUGGAGGACAGAAGAUUCAGAAAAGUUUUAUGCUGAACAUGCAGGACGAUUUUUCUAUCAAAGACUGGUUGAAUUCAUGUCAAGUGGCCCAAUGAGAGCGUACAUCCUAGCCAGGGAAGAUGCUAUCACUCACUGGAGGGGGAUGAUGGGUCCAACAAAAGUGUUUAGAGCUCGUUUCACUUCACCAGACACCCUUCGAGGCCAGUACGGGUUGACUGACACCAGAAACACCACUCAUGGUUCAGAUUCUGUUGAAUCAGCCAAGAGAGAGAUUUCAUUUUUCUUUCCAGAAUUCAAUGCAGAUGAGUGGAUGGCGAGGGAGGAGCCACGUUUUAGGUUAGGAUUUACUGAAUAUAAUGAGGAGAGACAAAUUCAUACUCUUCAGGACACGUGAUGAUCACUAGGCUGAUGGUACUUCUGCAGUGCUGCGUGAAUAUGAUUUCACCCAGUGUUUCUCUUCUGCUGCAUGUGAUAUUUAUUUUGACGUUACUCUUUUGUGACUACUAAAUAUCUGUACCUCAGCUCUGCCAAAAAUAUAUUCAUUUGUAUGUGUUUUAUAUAUGUAUGUAUAUAUGAAUAUAUGUACUAGCUUUGCAGUAAUGCUCAAUAAAGGUUUUCCUAAGCAUA